AUGCGUCACAGAAAACGUGGGCGGAAAUUGGGACGAACGACAAGCCAUCGAACAGCACUUUUCCGCAACCAAGCCACCGCGCUAUUUGAACACGAACAAAUUCGGACAACACUACCAAAGUGUAAAGAACUUCGGCGUGUCGCUGAAAAGCUGAUUACGCUCGCAAAACGCGGCGACUUAACCGCACGUCGACAAGCCGCAAAAAUGAUCCAUGGGACCAAUCUGCAUUACACACUGUUCGAUGACAUCGGACCUCGGUAUCAAGACCGAAGCGGCGGAUAUACACGUAUCAUACGAGGUGAACUCCGAAGAGGCGACGGGGCACAGAUGGGCUACAUUCAACUCGUUUAA